AUGAAUUUGAAUACCGAUGACGCCCUACUAUCAAGGGUUUCAUCUCUAAGUAGUUCUAUGCAGCCACGAGUUCAAAUAGCUUAUGAAAGAGCCCCGACUUUAGGAGAUUCGCUUAGAUCUUUGUCUGUUCCUCGUCUUGAUGUUGAAAUGAAGGACAGCAAACCAGAAACUAUGGCGAAAAUAAGUAGUCCGCGUGGUUUGACAGCCAUACCUUCAAAUCUACAGGCAUUUUUCCUAAUUCUAAAACCGGAUUCUCGUAAAAAGCUGCAAAAGCAAUAUUUCUUGUUUUCUCCAACAUACAGUAUCUUAGUAGAUGAAGAUGUCAAGCGCAUGGAAGUUUUGCCUGAAAGCGCAAAAUAUUAUAUCGAUCAAAAAAGAUUUUACAUUUAUAUCGGAACUGAUCAGCGCAAAUUCAUUUUAGAAGUUAAACGCGAAAUGCUUGAUAUGGUUUUCAAGAACUCCCACAAAUCAUCUUUAGAGUCAUUUUUCUUAUCGUAUCUUGCAAAUGGAAAAGUCCCUCCAAACACGAAUCUUGCAGCUGGAUACUUUUCAAAAGUUAUUUUCAAUAAGACUUUCUUAAUUUACUAUUAUAUGAUACCGGAAAAGUACUUUACCAAUGCAAUUAUUAAUGCAUGGUGUGUUGCAUCGCAAUCUAACUUCGAUUAUAUCUUUACCCAAAUCUUACGCCAUCAUUUUAGCCAAAAUCCGAAAUCUGAUCUUGGAUUUGGUCCUAGUUCCUUUAUUUUCAACGUAAUAUACGUUUAUCUUACUCACGAUGAUGAUUUCAAUAAGUUUUUACAACUUUUUGAUCAUCCAUGCGGUAAUUCUGUUGAAUUUUACUUAGAAAACGUUGUACAACUCAAGAUGAACAUUUACUCUCAUUUAACAAUGUUCAUUUUGUACCACGAGCUUUCUAACAAAUAUGAUUCAGAAUUUGCCAAGCAAACUUUGUGUAGAAUUAUCUACAACACCUGUAUUCGAAGUAUUCUUUCUCCGAAAUCAAGCUGUAAUAUUGAUUUGAUCGAUAAACUACUUGAAUUCGGUGAUAAUACAACAGAAACGCAGAAGAGCGUUUUAUACGAAUCAAUUAGCAAGAUAUGCCAGCAGCCUACAGAUUUCUGCCCAAAGAGAACCAAUAUGAUGAUUUUUGCUGCAUAUUCUUCGUUAUUGGAGAAAAUUACAUCAAAUAAUAUUGAUUUUCUCAGUAUUAUUCGAAAGAUGGAGAAGGAUCUUUCUAUGUGA